AUGGCUAAAAACAACGUCCAACAGGUCUUUAUGACUCGCCGUGACGACAUGAUCUGCAUCCACGAGCCAUUCGGAGACGCCUUCUACUACGGCCCCGAAAGGCUGGGCUCAAGAUUCGAGAACGACCAGAAGGCUCGCGAGGAGAGUGGAUUUUCGACGAGUACAUACAAGACCAUAUUCGACAGGAUCGAAAAUGACGGCAAAGAGGGCAAGCGUGUUUUCAUCAAGGAUAUCGCCUACUAUCUUGUUCCGCCUGAUGGCCAGCAACCAGCCAUCGCCCCAUCUCUCGGAGGAAAGAGGGUCAAGCAGGGUGUUGGAACAAAUGGAGAAACAAACGGAGUAACGAACGGCGCCGCAAAUGGCAAAACUAAUGGCACCACCAACGGCACCACCAACGGCACCAACGGUGUCUCCAAUGGCACCAAUGGCACCAACGGCUCUUCCAACGGCACCAACGGUUCCUCCAAUGGCAUCAAAACCGCCCCCUUCCCAUAUGAUACUGACCCCGAGCCUGGUAAUCCAACUGUUGUACCCACCGAAAUCCUGAAGAAAUUCCAUUUCACCUUCUUGAUCCGCCAUCCACGCUAUAGCAUCCCAUCAUACUGGCGCUGCACCAUUCCCCCUCUUGAUAAGCUCACGGGCUUCUACGACUUCAUGCCAAACGAGGCUGGCUACGACGAGCAGCGCCGCAUCUUCGACUACCUGCGCGAGCAAAAGCAAAUUGGACCCGCUAUCGCUGGACGCCAUGGCAAAUUGAGCGAAGGGGAAGUCAGUAUUACCGUUAUUGAUGCAGACGAUCUCCUGGAUGACCCUGAGAGUGUCGUUUCGGCAUUCUGCAGAGAAGUCGGAUUGGAGUAUAGCCCGAAAAUGCUGAAUUGGGAUACCCCAGAGGACCAGAAGACGGCUGUAGAAGCGUUCGAGAAAUGGUCCGGUUUCCAUGAGGAUGCUAUUAACAGUACCUCCCUCAAGCCGAGAGAUCCAGCACAUAAAAAGAAGGCCAAGUCGGUCGAGGUGGAGGAUCAGGAAUGGCGCGAGAAAUAUGGCGAGGAGGCCCAGAAGAUCAUCAGGGAGACCGUGAACGCGAAUAUCGCUGAUUACGAAUAUAUGAAGUCGUUUUGCGUCAAGGCCUAA